CAUUUCAAAGUACACAGAUGAAGUCCAGAGAGAUAUUCCUUUUCCUAUGUUAUUUGACAAGAUAAGAUCAGUUUUUUUUUUUUUUGUUGUUUGGUAAGUUCAGACAACUUUGACUCACCACAGUCCAGGCCAGACUUUCAGCAUGUUCUAAAGCAGACAGUGCAGAAGUGGGUGGACUAUAUUCCAACAGUGUCAAAAUCAGAAAUUGUGAUGUUUGCCUUAUCCUGUUAGAAGGUUGUGCGUUGAUAGGCCCCGCUGUCUGGUAUCAGAUCCAGACUGUGAAAGUGCUGGCUGUGGCCGGCAGCCCUGCUGGCAGAAGUAAGGCAGAGUAUAGCUGAGAGUCAGUGGGAUACCCAGGUCUCCUUACGCACCAGCUCUGGUCAAUCAGCUACCCACAGUGUGCCAGCACAAGCUACACAUGAACUGUGCUCUUUUGACUGUCUAGACAAACAUCGGCAGUGGACUGCCAAGUCAAAAGAAGCAGGAGCUUUGAUCUCACAUGUUUCAAAGGACAGCCUGUACUUGUCUUUGCACAAAUUGGCCUUUCCAGUUUCCGAGAAAAGAGUAAUUUUUCAUUUUAUUCUUUUUAUCCUUUUCCCCCUUUUCUCACAAUUUCGGACUGCUCGGUCAUGUUCAUGCUGCAAUCGCGACCUCCGUCAUUGAUUUUGGAGAGUGUACAGCAUGUGCCCUCUUUUGAAGCAGAGGAUGUCAGGUGCUGCUUCCUUUCACUGCGGUCGGACUCGCACAGACACGAUUCAGAGGACGACACGUGCAGCUCAACAGGAAAACCUGCAGGCCCCUAAUUGACCAGCUGCAGUGUGGAGGCAUACUACAUGAGUCUAUCUGAGCUGAAGCCCGGGUCACCUGGUCUGCAGCAUGGGGUGUGAGUGAAUGCCAGUGCGUCUCGGGGGGGACUCGAGACGGGCACUGGCGGGAUUAUGCUGACCUGUGCUGGACCUGUGGCUGACCCGCUCCCUCCCCAUGUGUCUGCUGCUCCAAAGCCUGGUCCUCAUGGCCCUGUGCUUUCACCCCGCCAGCAUGUGCCCGAAGGGCUGCGCCUGUGUCCACGGCAACGGCCUCAACGUCACCUGCAGUCACGCCCAGCUGAAAGAGAUACCCCUAGACCUGCCGCCGGACACCGCCCUGCUCUGGCUCGACCACAACCAGGUCACCACCAUCCCGGACCAGGUCUUCAAGGAGCUGCACCUCCUGCGGGAGCUCAACCUGUCCCACAACGCCAUCAGGACGCUGGGCGAGAACGCCUUCAAGGGCGUGGAGAGCACCCUGCUGGUGCUGGACCUGUCCCACAACAGGAUCACCACCGUGCAGAAGAGCGUCUUUGCGCUGCUGAAAGCCCGGAUCAACAUGGACAACAACCCAUGGCACUGUGACUGCACGCUCCAGCAGGUGCUCAAGGGCAUGGCGUACAACCAUGAGUCCGCCAGCCGGCUGCUGUGCAAGAGCUCCGAGCUGCACGACCACGGGCCCCCGCGGCCCUUCCUAGCCAUCGACGCCGACCUCUGCAACCUGGCCAAGCGCACAACUGACUACGCCAUGCUGGUCACCAUGUUCGGCUGGUUCACCAUGGUCAUCUCCUAUGUGGUUUACUACGUGCGGCAGAACCAGGAGGAUGCUCGCCGGCACCUGGAGUACCUGAAAUCCCUCCCCAGUAAACCGAAAAAAUCAGAUGAGGGAGAUGACAUCAGUACUGUGGUAUGACAUGGCCUGGGAGUUAGAGUCAUGUCACUUGACUAAUGGUAUGAUGUCACGUAACCGCAAAGUCUUUCCUCAUAUUUAGGAUCGUGUCGCAUUAAAGGUAGAGUGAUUGCUUGUGAUUUGUUGCUAUGACACCACAUUCUCAUGCAGAAUGACUAUAGGCUCAGGCUAGAUUCAUCAAAAUUAGUCUUUAAGUAGACUCAAUUAAAUGCAAGAGUGAGUUUUUAUUUUGACUAACAGUUCGGUAAGCUCAGUGAUUACCCUCAUUUACUUGAUUAAACUGACCAAACUGAUUGCAGAGAAAUAAGUAUUGUUUGAAUAUGUUUUAAGUCAAAGUUAAAGUCAAAUAUUGAUUUAUUCCAGGCUUAAGGCUCAGGACACAACUGUUUGCACAAUCUGUAAAAUACCAUGCAAAAUAUUAGGGGAGAGGAAUUCAAAAUAACUCAUAUUUUCAAGCUUGUUCUCCCAUCUGACAAGUGUUUGCAGAAUUUUGGUAGAGCUGAAAAAAUUGGAUAUUUCCACUGUAAAAGAAUCAUAUUGAUUUCAAAUUGAAUUGACUUGAUUCAAAAUCCAUUACUGUCAGUCAAAAGCAGAGGUAUAACUCAGAGAUAUGAAAAUGGACAUUAAAUGCGAACAAAGGGAUUCUGUAUGUCAUGAUAAACUUUUGAAAAACAGAUAUUUGGCAUUUUUACAUUAAAAAUAACAUGAAGAAGAUUAGGCAAAUAUUAAUGGAAAUGACUUAUUUUAGAAAGCUGUAGUGUUUUGGCUAUUGAGCAGCCUGCUGUCCAUUCAUGAAUCCAUGUCUCUAGAUCAAGGGUAGGGAAAUGAAAUGUAACCAGGCCAGCAUUUAUGCCCGCUAAAAUCAGUGUCAUCCACACAGUGGCAGAGCUGUUGUAUGUAUGUUACAACAGUAAAAAAAAUCUGAUUGUAUAUUGAUGUUAAUAUUCACCACAAAAUGAUCAAAUCCCCUUGCUUGUAUUACCUAUAUUUAACUCUGCAUUUACAAGAGCAAUUCACUUUUACACUUGAGCAAGCAUUCAACCUAACAAUGCCAUCUUUUAUAAACCUAUACAUAUCAAUUAUUUUAAAUAGAAUUCUCCACAGUUUAGAAUUGCCAACUGUGCCUCUCACGUUACCGCUGUGCUACUUUUCACCCUGCACUAGGAAGUCUGUGCUAAUGCAUGAGCACUAGCCCACGGGCCAGUGUCUGUGUUCCACACUACAGGCUAUGUAGCGCCACAGGAGAUCUAGAGGCAAACCAAGGUCAAUACAUAUAGACUCCUUCUCAUGCAAAUGCACAUACACACGUACCCCUGCCACAGGCUCAGCACACAGGCCAGUGCUGGGGGGAACUACUGCAGCGGUAAACGGAGGAGCCUUGGCUGACAUAAACCCACCCUACCCCUGUGUUCCCGCUGCUGACUCAUAGUCAGUCAUAGUUUGGCCAGUAUAAACUGCCCCAGCUGUUUCAGCUUGUGGCAAGUGCCUUCACAGACAGAGCCACUCAGGACCCCUACAUACACCACUGUUAAAUCGUUGACCAAGGUUUUUAUGAAGGACUUUGCUUCUCUGCUACUGCAGCAGCUUGGUAAGGAGAAGCCUAUGUCUAAGCCUGAGUAAUAGUUUCUCAUUGUGUUUUGUGAUCAUUCAAAUAGCUAACAUAUCCUUAACAAAAGAACAUAACGGAACUUUUGUCACUAUAUUUUUUGUAAUCAUGUAUUACAAAAUGAAUAGUCAGUGGUACCUUAUACCAGAAUAUUACUACAAUUAUAUCAUGUAGCAUGUUUACAUUACAUUACAUUCUCAUCCUGCCCUGACUAGCAAAUGUCCAGUGCCCACUAGCUGCCCUUCAGUCGGCAAUACAGUGACAGUUGAUGUAAGACAGGAGAGAUGAUCAGCUGUUAAAAGAAUGCAAAAUAGGUAAACGUUCCUGCCGCUAGUGCACCGUUGUAGUGCUGAGUUUCAGAAUGCUGGUCAGGAGACAGCACUGAUGCUUGUCUGGUAGGCUGCAUGCUGGGGUACCAGGGCCAGCUGAAGAUGGCUGACUUUCUGAUAUGAAAGCUGAAAUGGGCAAAGCUAACAUAAUUCUGUGGAACUGGAAUAGAUAUGGUUUCCUACACAAAUGGCUCCCAUAAAUAAACACUGCGGAGAAGCGAAGAAGGAUCUUUGCAAAGAAGUUGUUGCAUUAACUUUUCCUGCGCUCCCUCAGGAACCAUUACUAUAUAGCAUUCAGAACUCAGAUAGACACAUGCUGCAUUUUAAUGUCACUAGUUCAAUUACUUAAUGUUCAACAUCUUCCUCGAAGGAGCGAAUAUUAGCAUAUAAAAACAUUACUGGAACUAAUAAAAUGUCAAUUCUAUGUGAUUGCUGCCAGCUAUGAGUAACUAAAAUCUAAGUAAGGCAGAAAAAAACCAUGAGAAGUGCAUUAAAUAUGUACAGUGAUAAUUAUUUUAUCAUUAGUUCCCAUUUUUCUGUAGCUGUCAUCUACAAGAUGGAAGUAUGGGCUGGGCAAAUGAAGCUGCUAUAUGAAAUCUGGCCUCAGCUAUUCCUGCAUAAUGUCUGGUUACUAUUUUAAAUGGCUGAGAGCAAUGGCAUGUGUGUUGUUCACAGGAGUAGAGCCAGAAAAAACUUCAUAAUAGCUAAGUACUCUACAUGCUCAGUACAUGCUCUAAUAUAUAUUCAACCCCAACUCAAGACUAAACAGAGAAACUCAGGUUUAAGCAUUAUGUGACAUUUCCUCCUCCUUGUUGAUCUAUCUGGUAAUGGCUUUGUGUCACCCAUCAUACUUUGUUAGCUCUGUGACUGUCAGAAGCUGAAAAAGCCUUGUAACUGUCUUUCUUUUGUCACUGAAAUGGGCAGUGUAAGUACCAAGGAUGGUUUGUUUGAUGUUCUUCAAAUCGUUUGAGUUGUCAUUAAAUGGUGUGGUCACAAUUAAUUAUUCUGUAGACCCUGCAGGCAGAGAUGUUAGAAAUUAGCCACACAGAGAAGAAUCCCUCUCUCAGCCAAGAUGACAAACACAAACUUCAAAAACAGACUGUAUCUGCUAACAUUUUUAGAGAGAGGGCUGAAGAAUAUUAAAUUGCACAAGGUUGUUUCAGUGUGUAAAUGUACAAAGUGUUACGAUGGGAGCUAUUGCUCUUAUAAACAAAAUGAAGUGAAUGCCCAGCAGACCAGUUAUAGAUUUGAAACGUCAGUGUGCUAAUGGCCUUGCUCUAAUCAUAGACUUCCCUCGGCAGUAACACAAGACACAAACGGCAGGUCAAUUCCAGUAGCUUUUCCAGUAGCGUAAAAUGAUCCUAUUCGGUGUGCAGUGGCGUGAAAAAGCAUAUAUAUAUAAAGAGAGAGAGAUGCAAUGUCAUAAUUAAAAUUCAAAGAACCAAUAUGAUUAAGUCAAAAGCAUUCCACUGUUAAAUUAAUGCAUUUAAAAUGAUGGAAAAGUAGUCAUUGAUUCCCAGAUGCUGAAAGCACGAAUCAAGAUAACAGAAACACUUAUUAAGCAGGUUUUACAGUCGGUGGUAAAAGGUUACUUUUAAUCCAUAAGUAUCCUACCAGUUACCAGAUUGAUAAAUAUAACUGAUGUGUUUGCCCAAGAGCAUAAUGUGUAAAUAAAAAGACUGUUUAAUACCUGCUAUUUAAACCCCAUGUAUUUGGAUGUACAACUGUAAGUCCACUCUGUUACCUUCACAUGUUCUUUUCAAUGCAUGAACCACAAAAGAAGCACAAUGUAGCCAAGAGCUGUGGAGAAUUUCAAGUGCCUGAAAUACUUGUCUUUCACACAAACCUAAUUUCUUUGGUUUGACAGCAGUCAUUUCAUAGCCUCGUGAAUUCAUGGUUUUCAUUUUUACUGUGAAUUAAUGUUUUUGGUUCCCUGCAUGGUUAGUGUGUAUGCUUCACCAGAAUCACUUCUACAGUGCUUUAGGGAGACAGAAACAGAACCCCAUACUGCAAUACGGAAAUAAUCAUCAAAUAACGAGGGGGAGGCCAGAACAGACUAAGUGAUUCAUUUUGCUGAAUCAAAUAAUUCAAUUGAAUGGGGACAUUCAUUGCAUUCUGCAUGUCUUUAGGAUUAAUCUCCCCAUAGAUUGAACAACAGUUGAGCCCCGAGUGUAAUGUACUGUAGACAUGCCCAUCUGGCAGGUUAUCAGCCAGGAGAGCUUCAUAUCUGCCAGGGGCAAACACAGGGAAAGAAUGUGGCUGGUGUUAUCUCUUCCCUUGCUCUUCUUUUCUCUCAAAUGAAUACUUGUUCUUUAAUUUCUUCCAUUUUAUUAUUAUUUUUUUUUAGGAAACGACAUGGCAUUUUUCUUGAAGACCUAACACUGAUUUAAGGAAAUACAGUAGGCAUGUUGCGAAGCAAAGACAAUAAAGAGAAACAUUUUA